UGCCCGUCGGCCAUCACGCGAACGAGUCCCGGCCGGCGGCGGUGCUGCGGCCGCGCAUGCGCAGAGCCCGGAGCGCGCGGAGGGAGCGCGGGCGCGGGGGGGCCCGUGAGCGGGACAAGAUCACCCCAAGAUGACGCAGUUCCUGCCCCCCAACCUCUUGGCCCUCUUCGCCCCCCGAGACCCCAUCCCCUACCUGCCCCCCCUGGAGAAGCUGCCCCACGAGAAGCACCACAACCAGCCCUACAGCGGCAUCGCCCCCUACAUCCGCGAGUUCGAGGACCCCCGCGAUGCGCCCCCGCCCACCCGCGCCGAGACCAGGGAGGAGCGCAUGGAGAGGAAGCGGCGAGAGAAGAUCGAGCGGAGGCAGCAGGAGGUCGAGAGUGAGCUCAAGAUGUGGGACCCCCACAACGACCCCAACGCCCAAGGAGACGCCUUCAAAACCCUCUUCGUGGCCAGAGUGAACUACGACACGACGGAGUCGAAGCUGCGCCGCGAGUUCGAGGUGUACGGCCCCAUCAAGCGGAUCUACAUGGUGUACAACAAGCGCUCGGGGAAGCCCCGUGGCUACGCCUUCAUCGAGUACGAGCACGAGCGGGACAUGCACUCCGCCUACAAACACGCCGACGGGAAGAAGAUCGACGGGCGCCGCGUGCUGGUGGACGUGGAGCGAGGGGCCACGGUCAAGGGCUGGAGACCCCGGCGCCUGGGUAGGGAUGGGGGCGGUUUGGGGGGCACCCGCCGCGGCGGCGCCGACGUCAACAUCCGGCACUCGGGGAGGGACGACACGUCACGCUACGACGAGAGGGACCGCGAGCGCGAGCGGGAGCGCGAGCGCCGGGACCGAUCCCGCGAGCGCGAUCGUCGCCGAUCGCGAUCUCGGGACCGUCGGCGCCGAACCCGGAGCCGGGAAAAAGACGAAAGAGACCGAAAACGGGGCGGGAGCCGCGAGAGGAGCAAAGAGCGCGAUCGCAAACGCCGCAGCCGCUCUCGCGAGCGCAAACGCGAUCGCGACAGGGAUCGCGACAAGAAGGACGAAGGACCCGAUCCCCUGGAAGCCACCGACGAUAUCGGGGGAGCGGGAGGGGGACCGAUGGAUCCGGGACCCCCCGACGGGUCGGGAUCCAAAGGGGACGGGGGAGGGGAGGAGAAGAGUCGCGACAGAGAGCGCGACAGGCGCCGGAGUCACCGCGAGAGGGAGCGGCGGCGCGACAGGGAGCGCGAUCGCGAUCGGGAGCGGGAGCACAAGCGCGAGCGGGACAGGAGGGGGGGGCGGCGCGGGAGGGACGAGCGGGGGGGCGGCGGCGGCGAGUCGGGGGUCGCGACAGAACUCGGGGACCCCUCUGCGGAGCUUUUCAUGUCGCCCGAGGGGCUCCCGGGCAGCGACGGCUACUUGGGGGGCGAGAACGGCUACAUGAUGGAGCCCCCCCUGGAGUGAGCCCCCAAAACCGGCCCCACACCCCCCCCCCAAAAAAACCCCGCCCGGGAUGUUUUAUGGUUCUUGGCAAUAAAACU